AAAAGUUUAUGGGUAUUGGAAAUGAAAAUGCCUUACAGCGUGUUGCAGCUUUGGAUUGUGGCGAUCACAAAUUUAAUCAGUUAAUGAAAUACUCGUUAAUUAAUUUUACUAUCAACUCGAUGAGAAUAACACCAAUACCUACAAAUGAUAAAAGAACGAUCUUUGUUGAAUAUAUUGUCCCCAUAGUCAAAUACUUUAGUAAUAUCACGGCCUUAAUGUCUUUCCUCUGGUGCGAAAGAAAGGACAAAGAGUCAGCCUCAAGUAUUUUUUUCGUCACUCAAGUAAAAAGCCCAACAACUCUUUUAAAUAGGAUCGGAAUAAAUGAUCUUAUGAUGUUAGUAGAGAAAAUAGUUAACCCCUCUUCACACAGAUUAAAAGUAACAACUGAUAUUAAUCAUUUACUUGAAGACUCCAUGAAGAAUUUUAGAAGUGCUACAAAUGCUUUGAAGAGUAUCAUGUGUAGAUUUCCUAAUGCAAGCAUGAACACAGUCAAACUAGCCAAUGUAUAUUCUAUCCAAAUCAUCCAAACAAAGAUGACACUGAUCAAAUACUCGUUAAAAGAUAAGGACACAUUCAAAGCAAUUGAGUGUAGCUCC